AUGGCGCUGGCAUCACGUGCGGCAGAAACGCAGCCACCCAAUGAUAAUAAAAAUAAAACAGAGACGGGCGGUGCGGACAGCGGCUCCGGCGGCUCGGGCAUGGAGUGCAUGCAGCUGCGCUCUCAGCCCGGCCCCUUCCACUACCUCAUCUCGGAGCAGGCUAAAUCGCUCGUCGCCCUGCAGGAGCUCCAGAAUGAGGUCGGCGCCUUACUCGAGUUCCGAGACCUCGUCAUCGAGACGUUCCCAAACCUGCGCUCCAAAAUGGCGCCGUCGACGCCGGCGAGUGGCACGCGCAGGGACUGGGAACCCGGGGUUCGAGUCCGGCGGAAACUCGCCGGGGGAAGUGGCGACACCACCAGGGCCAAGCCGCAACCUUCCGUACAAGAUUCCGGAUUUAGCACCGAGACUUCAUGUGGAAAAGACGCGCACUCCUCCGCUUCGGCGUCCGCGUCCGCAUCCCGAUCCCGACCACUGGAAGACGAACUGUGGGCUCUGCUUGAUACGAUCCAACGUAAGGGCCUCCGUAUACGCGACGAAGCGGAACUACUGCGAGGGGAGUUGGAUGAGAGACGAUCGGAGACAACGGAAGAGUCGUUCGCUCGCGCUUUGUCGGCCGGAUGCGGGGACUGUACAGAUCUCGUCCGAUUGCGGAGCGAAAGGGACGCCUUACUUGCGAGAGCGGCGCAGUUGGAGGCAGCCGCUGCUCUGAGUCCGCCCCCGCCGACUCAUACAUCACUCGGUCGUCUCGACACAGCGCUCGAAACGCCAAUUCGACCUCCGCUUGUGCCAAGCCCCGACUCGAAGAAAUUCGCGGCGAUUCUCCAAGAGAGCAAUCCCGUAGAACUUCAGAGGCAACUCCUCACUUCCGUCGUACAAAACCAGGUGUACUGCGAGCAGCUGAAACGCGCGGCGAAUCAAAGGUCGCAGCUUUUGGAGAGACUUGAGCGCGCCAGAGAAAUCAAUGAAGACCUCAAAUUCAGAUUGGAGGAGAGGAGCAUAGAGCUGGAAGGCGCCCGCGCGCGCCUGCGGCAGCUGGAGGGCAGGCGGUCGGAGGGCUCGCGCGGCGCGCACAGCAGCAUGCGCGACAUGCAGCCGCUGCACAUGCCCGACGAGGACGAGCGCGCAUCCGCAGCGCCUGCCACGCCGAGGCGCCGGCCCAGCCGCAUCCCGCUGCACACGGCGAACAAGGGCACGGCGCCGCGCCCGCCGCCGCGCCCCGGCUCGGCGCACUCGGCGCGCUCGGCCGCGUCCAGCCGCAGCCGCACGCCGCGCGACGCUUCCGUCCCGCGCAAGGACGCCAAGUCCGCCGUCCCGCUCCGCCGCACGCCGCCACACGACAAGUACCCACCGUGUGACAGUGCACCCAGUGACUCACUAACGUCCGGUGUCGGUUGCCGCCGCAAGAUGGCGUCCGAUGGCGCGCGCUAUGCCAUUAUGUCGAUCCGCUACCACGACUCGCUGACACUGCAAACACGUCGCGACGCACUCGUGGCGGAGUACGUGGCCCGGACCUCGCGCCUCGCCCCCCUGUUCCCCCGCCUGCACACAGUACGCACGCGCCCCUUGCCGGCCGACCUGCUCGAGGACUGCCGCCUCGCCUACGAACCCCCGCAAAACCUCGCCCUCGAACUAACCAAAUCGAUCCUCUACGAGAAUACUGACUCUAUUGAUAUUCAAACACUCAAAUCCCUAAACUCCCACGGUGAUGACUCGCUCUGGAACGGUAAACCGCAACAGUACUUCGAGAGCAUGAAUUACGGACGUAACGGUGAACCUGAAGACGUUCCAGAAAUUAAAGACUUUGAAAGUGAUUCGUUAGCUCAGUGA